CGCUCUCUCCUCUAAACCACCCGCCAUCACCAGCCUUUUCCCCAGCUCUCCUCACUCCGCCUCGCCUAUUAUCUCCCUCUUAUCGCUCUAAGUCCACAUCUAUCCGCUUCUCGUAUCGCGAUGGCUCUCGUGGACUACGAGCGCGUGGCGCGCGCCGUGAAGGAGUGGCCCACGUGGCUGCUGCGCAAGGCCAAGGUCGCGGCGCAGUACGGCUUCGUGCCGCUCGUCAUCACCGUCGGGAUGCUCUACACCGAGCCGCAGCCGCACCUCCUGCAGCUGAUUGGACCUUAGAUUGACCUUAUAUCGAAUCGACCCGUACAUCGUUAAGUUUCGCGUCGUGCGUUUUAUUACGGAGUUGGCUAAUAGCAGAGUCGAAACCCCAUGUCUUUCCGCGGAUCAGGCUCGCACGAAUUCCCUUGAAGCCGAUACUGGCCGGUACUGGUCGAUCUGGUCGACACCGAGGGAUUGCUUUCGUGGAUCCUGCAGCGGACUGAACGGACCGUAGAGUGUUUCUUCCCAGCGCCAUAUAAGCGGUGCGCCGGUUUGAUUUUCCGUAUCCAGCGCCCGUGGCAGAUAGGCAGAUACAGCGAGAUUGCUCCCGUGCACUCGAAUGGGGUUCUCUAGUAGAAUUGGUUUCCAUACCUUCUCUGCAGUGAUUGGCUGGAUGGUGGUUCUGUUUAAGGACUCUUAGUUACCUGUUUGCUUACACUAAUAAUGCAAUGGUUUCGGCUGCUCCUACCUUCGGCCUUCACGACCCCACUCCUCACUCCACUCCACUCCUCUCCACCACCUGUGAAUGACCUUCAUGCCAUAAGAACAGUUAGCUUUGUAGAUGUGAAAGCUGGCAGGCGAACCACAUUUCGAGUACCAAUUCAAUGCACCACUCUUCCACAGCCACCGCCGCCACCGCCGCUAGCGCCGCUCCCUUGCCGUUGCCCCGCGAUUCGCCCGUCCAUCCGUUCGCCACUUCACUCCGCACAACGCGAUCCCUUUCGUUCUGCGCACACGCCGUAUUGCGUUAACCCCUGCUGGUUGAAAUACAAUAAGAUGACGCGAGAGCUCGCUACGAUCAUCACCGCGGCUGCCGCGCUUGUCGGUACCGGUCUGGGCCUGCUCUUAUCGCGUACAGUGCUCAAACCUAAGCUAUCCAAAUCCACGAUUAAGCACGUGGUGCUGACGAAAUUUAAGGCGGAUCGGACGGCUGAGCAGAUUCAGGAGCUGAUCGACGGCUAUAGAGCUCUCACUGAGAAGAUACCCGCGAUGAAGGGAUUCGAGUGGGGCGGCGAUGUGAGUGUGGAGGGCUUUCAAAAGGGCUACACGCACGUGUUCGUCUCCACCUUUGACGACGUGGCGGGCCGGGACGCGUACCUGGUGCACGAGGCGCACAAGGAGUAUGCGGCUGUGCUGUUCGAGGGGCUGGAGGACGCCAUUGUGCUGGACUAUGUGCCCACGGUGGCUCUCUCACGGUUCUACUCUUGACUGAAACCAGCUUAGAACCUUUACUGUACCUGCAGCAUAGAGCGCACAAGGAAUUCGCAGACGUGCUGUUUGAGGGGCUGGGGGACGGCAUUGUGCUGGUGGACUAUGCGCCCACGGUGGCACUCAUGGUUCUCCUGACUGACCUAACCAUUGCCAGCAACCUCUAGCUAUCCCUAGUGACAAAGCUCUUGGUACCAUACAUGUAUUGCCGAUGAAGGGAAUUUGCUGC